CAUCAGCGCCCCUCCCUCUCCACCCCCAUCCCCCGUCGGCGUCCGGGCCUCGUCCCCUUCUCUCUGUCUCCUUCUCCCCCAUCACUUCCCCAGACACUGACACCCCAUUACUCCAGUUUCCCCGGUUUCAGCUUUGGUCUCCAGCCCCAGCCACCCGAGGAUUUGCCUGAAGGCCACCCCCAACUCUGCACCUGCCCCCUGAGGGCCACCAAGGACCAUGACUAAGACAGAUCCCGCCCCGAUGGCCCCGCCGCUCAGGGCGGAGGGAGAAGAGGAGGAGGAGGAGGAUGAGCCUGUCCCAGAGCCCCCCAGCCCCACCCAGGAGCGCCGGCAGAAGCCUGUUGUGCACCCCUCGGCACCUGCCCCCCUCCCCAAGGACUACGCCUUCACCUUCUUCGACCCCAACGACCCUGCCUGCCAGGAGAUUCUGUUUGACCCGCAGACCACCAUCCCUGAGCUGUUCGCCAUUGUGCGCCAGUGGGUGCCCCAAGUCCAGCACAAGAUUGAUGUCAUUGGCAAUGAGAUUCUGCGUCGAGGCUGCCAUGUGAAUGAUCGUGAUGGGCUGACCGACAUGACACUGCUCCAUUAUGCGUGCAAGGCGGGGGCCCACGGAGUCGGGGACCCUGCGGCGGCUGUACGCCUCUCGCAGCAGCUGCUGGCACUGGGCGCAGACGUGACCCUGCGCAGCCGCUGGACCAACAUGAACGCGCUUCACUACGCGGCCUAUUUUGACGUGCCGGAUCUCGUGCGCGUGCUACUGAAGGGUGCACGGCCCCGAGUGGUGAACUCCACGUGCAGUGACUUCAACCAUGGCUCAGCCUUGCACAUCGCUGCCUCCAACCUGUGCCUGGGCGCGGCCAAAUGUUUGCUGGAACACGGCGCCAACCCGGCGCUUCGGAACCGAAAGGGACAGGUGCCAGCGGAGGUGGUCCCAGACCCCAUGGACAUGUCCCUGGACAAGGCAGAGGCGGCGCUGGUGGCCAAGGAGCUGCGGACGCUACUGGAGGAGGCUGUGCCGCUCUCCUGCACCCUCCCCAAGGUCACGCUACCCAACUAUGACAACGUCCCAGGCAAUCUCAUGCUCAGUGCACUGGGCCUGCGCCUGGGAGACCGCGUGCUACUGGAUGGCCAGAAGACGGGCACGCUGCGGUUCUGCGGGACCACGGAGUUCGCCAGCGGCCAGUGGGUGGGCGUGGAACUGGAUGAACCUGAGGGCAAGAAUGAUGGCAGUGUUGGGGGUGUCCGGUACUUCAUCUGCCCUCCCAAGCAGGGUCUCUUUGCCUCUGUCUCCAAGAUCUCCAAGGCAGUGGACGCACCUCCCUCAUCCGUCACCUCCACACCUCGGACUCCCCGGAUGGACUUCUCCCGUGUCACUGGCAAAGGCCGCAGGGAACACAAAGGUAAGAAGAAGCCCCCAUCAUCCCCGUCUCUGGGCAGCCUGCAGCAGCGUGAAGGAGCUAAGGCUGAGGUUGGAGACCAAGUCCUCGUCGCAGGCCAGAAGCAAGGGAUCGUGCGUUUCUAUGGGAAGACAGACUUUGCCCCAGGUUACUGGUACGGCAUAGAGCUAGACCAGCCCACCGGCAAGCAUGAUGGCUCUGUCUUUGGUGUCCGGUACUUCACCUGCCCCCAACGGCAUGGAGUCUUUGCACCAGCAUCUCGAAUUCAGAGGAUUGGUGGAUCCACUGACCCCCCUGGGGAUAAUGUUGGAGCCAAAAAAGUACAUCAAGUGACAAUGACGCAGCCCAAACGCACCUUCACAACAGUCCGGACCCCAAAGGACAUCGCAUCAGAGAACUCCAUCUCCAGGUUGCUCUUCUGUUGCUGGUUUCCCUGGAUGCUGAGGGCGGAGAUGCAGUCUUAGAGGCUCUGGACAUCUGAGAGAGACACAGAGCCUCCUCUAGCAUCUGCUGACACAAGGAGCCCCCGAGUCACCCUGAGAUAGAGAUUCCCAGUAACACAUCCAGAAUAGAGACCCCCAUUAGCCAGCCCUCGAUCACUGAGGCCCCAUUAUUAACAGAUUCCCUCAUGAUAACCCCCCAAAUACAGACCCUAUGUUACCCAGAAAGAUUCCCUAAGUGUAGUACCUUCAGGCUAGUCCCAACCCCUCAGAGCAGACCCCCCCAAUAACAGAUUUCCACAUCACCCCAAAUGACGGUGACUUUCUCUACAUAAUGCUCCACAGCAGAACAUUCCUGAGUCACUAGUCACUGGAUCAGAACCCUUCCCUGUUAACAAAGACCCCCCCUCCACCAUCAAGUCCCCUUGAAAGAAACACCUCCAGAGCAAGAGUAACAAACCCACAUUUAACAUCAGUCCCCUCAAGAUGUUGUGACCCCCAUGGUCACCCCAAACCCCUUACACUGCAAUCAGAGACUCCCUCCAUUAAUGAACCCCCCUGCUCUUACCCCUCAAGAAGAAACCCCCAUUAACCAGCCCACUGUCACCCCCAAUUUACAGAUACCAAAACAGUACUGGAAGUGCUAAUUACAGGACCCCCAAGUCUUCCUAUCCUCUGCACCCUCAAGAAACCCCCAGUGCCUUGUACGAAGCCCACCCCAUGUGGCCCACAGCACCUGUGCUGGCCAGGCUCCCAGAAAAUUCUCUAUUUUUAAAGUAAUUAUUUCCCCCUUUGGGGGGACUCCAAAAUUUGGAGGUCCCAUUCUGGGACUCUGAGGAUCCCAAACCCCAGAGUACAUGUCCUAAACUCCCCUGUGCCCCCAAGUCCUACAGCCCCUAGGAGACCCCAAAGCCCUUACUCCCAGGAUCCCCAAAUCAUGGAAUCCCCAAAUCCCCAGGGAAUCCCAAAUUUAAAAAAUCCAAUCCCAAGCCCCCAGGAAACCUCAAUCAUGGAGGUUCUUGUGCCUGGGAUGGAGGAGAUAUGCAUCCCGGGCCCCCAGAGCACCUCAAGCCCUAUUCAUAGGCACCAGGAAACCCCAAACAGGAAUUCUCAUCCCUGGAAACCAGAGGACUUCAAUGCCCUGAGUCCAUGGAUCUCAAGACACCCAAAUUCCAAGAGCACCAGCCCCAAGGGAACCCCAAAUCCUCAAGCCUCCAUCUCAUACAUGAGGGGCAUCAAGGCCUUGAGGGGAUCCCAAAUCCUGGAGUGUCCAUUUCAAUCUACAUUCUGGUCACAGGUCCAAAACACCAAAUCUAAGUUACUGGCCCUGAAGGACCUCAGAGCACCCUGGCCAGACUAACAGCCCGACGGAGACCCUGAAGGCCCAGGGGUCCAGGGCAGACCUGGGGCCCUGAAAACCAAGGACAGCUCACGACUGCCCCUUCACUGCAUGUCCCCAAACUCAGCAUGACCCCUACCCCCUUCAAUAAAGACGUUUCUACGGC